CCGCGGGAGGACUUGGGUCAGACCCGGGCGGCCGGCGCUCACAGGUGCGGCCGCAGCGCGCGCGGGACCCGCGGCGGGAGUCAGGGCCCGGGCGGGCGGGCGCGGAGCGGGCAGGGGCCGGUGGAGGAGCUGAGACCCGGAGGGCGCAGCGUCCCGGGCCCCGCGGGUUCUCCCCGCGCCCGGCGCACCCGGGGGCCGCCACCCAAAGCGGAUUGCGCCCCCGGCCCCGCAGCAGCCUCAGGAAGGGUCGUCGGCCAAGGACAGGGAUCCGCGGCCAUGGCCGAGGCCACGGAGCCAGCGCGGGGCGCCCCGGGUGCCCUGGGGCCGCUGGAGGGCCCGGCCCCUGCGGCGGGCGGAGCGGGCGAACUGGGCGCUGCGGGACCGGAGGCGACGGGGGAGGAGGCGCGCGGGGGCCCCGGGGGGGCUCCGCGGGGCGCGGGGGAGGGCGCAGCCGCGACGGCCGGCCUGAAGGCGGGCGAAGGCGCGGGGCCCGACGGAGGGCGUGCGGGCGACUCGGGGGCUGAGACGCGGGGAGCGAGCGGAGCGCAGGGCGAGGCAGAGGCCCCGGAGGGCGCCCGGGAGGGCGAGGAGGCCGCCGGGCGCGGGGAGGAGGCGAGCGGCCCGGAGCCGGCGGAGGAGGCGAGCCCGGGGCGCGGUGCGCAGGGCGAGGCGCGGGGGGAGGCGCAGGGGGCGCCCCGAGACCCCGCGGCCCCCGGGGCAGAGGCGGCGGCGGAACGGGGCCCCGAGGGGCCGGGGAGCAGCGGGCCCGCGCCGGGGGCCGGGGUGGAGGCCGGGGGGCCGGCGGGAGGGGCACCCGGGGCCGAGGGCGAGCCCGCGGGCGGAGGGCACCGCGGUCCCCAGCCCCAGAUGGAGGCAGCGGCGGAGAGUGAGGGCUGCAGCCGCGGGGCGCUGGUCGGGGAGCUUCGGGGUGCAGAGGCGGGAGCUGCGGAGGAGGGCGGGGCCCCGGGGACCGAGGCGUCGGAGGAAGCGGCCCCCGGGGAUGCCGGGGCAGAGGCUGGCGAGGACGGGGACCAGGGGGUGCCCCAGGAGGAGCUGGAGGAGGCGGCGGCGGAGGAGAGUCCAGUGCGCGGCCCGGGUGGGGCCGGCGAGGAGGCCGCGGCCGGGGGCCAGGAGGGGGCCGCCGACGGCAGCGAGGACGGGGAGGCGCCCGCGCGGCCCGGGGCCACGGAGCUCAGCAACCACCUGGCGGAGGAGGGCGCCCCGGAGGAGGAGGCGGCGCCGGUGAAUGGCCGCGGGGAGGACGGCGAGGCGUCCGAGGAGGGGACCCCGGGCCGGGAGCACGACAUCACCCUCUUCGUGAAGGCCGGCUGUGACGGGGAGAGCAUUGGCAACUGCCCCUUCUCUCAGCGCCUCUUCAUGAUUCUCUGGCUGAAGGGCGUCAUAUUUAAUGUGACAACAGUGGACCUGAAAAGGAAGCCCGCGGACCUGCAGAACCUCGCUCCGGGAACCAACCCGCCUUUCAUGACGUUCGAUGGGGAAGUCAAGACGGACGUGAAUAAGAUCGAGGAGUUCUUGGAGGAGUGCCUGGCUCCCCCGAGGUACCCUAAGCUGGGGACCCAGCACCCUGAGUCUAACUCCGCCGGGGAUGACGUGUUUGCCAAGUUCUCAGCGUUUAUAAAGAACACCAAGAAGGACGCACACGAGAGCCACGAGAAGAGCCUGCUGCGGGCCCUGCGGCGGCUGGACGACUACCUGACCAGCCCUCUGCCCGACGAGGUGGAGGCCAACGGCGCGGAGGACGUGGCCGUGUCCGGCAGGAAGUUCCUGGACGGGGACGAGCUCACGCUGGCCGACUGCAACCUGCUCCCCAAGCUGCACAUCAUCAAGAUCGUGGCCAAGCGGUACCGAGACUUUGAAUUUCCCUCUGAAAUGACGGGCAUCUCCAGGUACCUGAGAAACGCCUACGCCCGGGACGAGUUCACCAACACGUGCCCGGCCGACCGGGAGAUCGAGCUCGCCUACUCGGACGUGGCCAAGAGGAUGAAGUGAAGGGGGGCCUGGCCCGGCCCGGCCCGGCCGGCGCGGCUCUGGACGGUGCCCUCUGCGUCUCCCUCAAUAGCCACCCUUUGCAGAGAGCGCCCCCGUUUUAGUAACGCCCCAGACUGGCCCUCUUACCACCAAACGGCACGGGGCUGUCACGUCCCCUCCCGCGUGCCUCUGAGCAGCACCGGCGCUGCCUGCUGUCCCCUCCGUCUGUCGUUCCUCUUCGUCACCGCCUCUGACGGUCACCGGCGUCGGGAUGCCCAGGGCACGUGUUUUGCAGUUUAAGUUCCAAAGCAAAUCAGGUUUGGGCUCAGUGCCUCCUUUAAUGAAAACGGCGUCUGCCUCUGAUAUUCUCAAGUCGUUAGCCUGCUUUUCUCUCUAAUAGUAUUUUAACUUUUUUCAGAAUGAAACAGCUGUUUUUGUAAUUACCCAGUAACAGGUGCCGAUUUUAACAUUUUACACAAUGUCAGAGAGUAGAGAUAGAAGAAAAAGAUCACUUGAAAUUUCACUGCCCUGAGAUAACCACUGAUAACCGACUUGGGCGUCUCCAGACCUUCCGUGUCUCUCUCUUCUCCCCCCCACCCUGUCCUGCCCCCCCAACACUUCAUUCCUGCCUGACACUGCAGUACGUUAUUUUGAAGGACUGGCGAGGGGGCCUCUUGUGAUGCCUCGGGGAUCGCUGUGGAGGACCCAGAACAAACCGCCGGCCAUGCAGGGCUAGGGAGGUGCUUGCCACCGGGUUUCCAGGGUGGAGAGCGGGGGAGUCCACAGACCCGCAGGGACCGGCAGGGACCAGGAGCUGUGCUGGCCCCGCUCUGCCGAGGUGAUGCCCUCGCCUCAGGGCCCAGGGGAGCCUGCAUCCCAGCCCUGCUCCCGGCCUUCUCUCCCCUCCCCUCACACGGAGACCUGCCCCCAGGGGGACUCUCAGCCUCAGCCGCAGGGAGAGAGAGAAUUCCCUGCCCUGGGUUACAGGUGAAUUGAGCCCUAGAUCCCGGCCCACGGCCGCUCUCUAAGCCUGGGCACUGCGCCUGUUCAGUGACCCGUGGGCCAGCCUGGUUCUCGCUGCUGCUCUGCCCUUUGUCAUGUCAUCUCGGGAUCAGGACGGGAAAACCCAGAGAGAUGAAGUUCACGGCGACGGCGGCAGCUCUGGUAACCGGUCGGGCUGGGAGGAAGUGGAAACCACUGAGGCAGAGCUUUCUGGCAGCCGGGGCUCCCCGCCCGCGUCCCUGCAGCCCAUUGGUGUGGGCCGGUGGGGCUCCGCUCAGGCCCCAGGCGGGAGGACAAGACCUCCCAGGGCUUCAGUGUUACCUGCCCGCCUUCCUCUGACAUUGACACUCAUCUCAGAAACCCUCCUGGAGAGCGGAUCGGGCCUGUGGCUCCCGCUCAAAUGCUCAUUAAAGGAAGAGACUGCGCCAGCGCGAUGGGGGUCGUUUGGAGGAAGGUCAGAUGGGGUCUCACUGGUCUGGGACCCAUCGAGCAACGUCCAGGGAGAGUCGCGGCGUCUGCACGUGUCACCAGUACACGCGUCACCGCUGCUUAGGAGCCAGAUGUGUAAGCGAGUUUUGCGAUGUCACCUUCAAACUGGGUCCGUGCACGGACUACCCUCUGUCACUACCGCUAACCUGGCACUUUCAGACGUUAACCGUGAUCUCAUCAACGCCACACGCCUUAAAAUUAAACCAAUUACAAAGCUG